AUGCCUUCUGUGCCUGUGAAGGAGGAGCACAAGGAGAAAGCGGUAGAGGACGCAUUGAGAAGCACGCCGCCCGAUGAGUGGAGCUCCAUCUUAGAAGGCCUCCUGGGCACUUCCUUCAGGCCUGUGCAGAGCCAGAAGGUGCCUGAGGAAGCCUUCACCGUGACGUCGUUGCUGGCGAAGAUGAAUGACGCUCCUCCAGAUGUGGUGGAAAGCCGCCCUGCAUCCAUGGCAGGCCGACGGCGGAGCCGGCAGAAGCCGCCGGAGACGACGCCCCAGGAGGACGACCGGCCGCUUGAGGACCUGUUGAGAGGCCUGGGCGAGACCUCCGGCCCUAAGCCUAAGAAGAAGUCCGGCAAGAAGCCGAACGCCCCGAAGCAGGAGCCACUGGCACCUGCCAAGAGCAAGCCAGAGCCGCAGGCUGCGUCGGCUGAACCAGAAGACGAAGCAGAAGAAGAACCGCCCGCUCCGGUGCCGGAGGAAGGCUGGGAGACCGUGCCCACCAAGGAAGCUCGAAAGGCUGCCAGCAAGGCCGCGCGCGCGGAGCGGGCGGCGGUGCUCGCGGUGGAGCGUGCGGCAGAGAGUGCUAUGGCAGAGCGUGCAGCACGCGCUCGUAUCAAGCGCGCAGAGACGCAGGAUUCGAGCUGCACGGGUUCUAGCACCAGUCUGGAGCACCAGCUAUGCGAGCCCACUGAGACCCUCUCGGUGCAGGCGGCCAAGCCUUCGCCGCCGGUCACGAAGCAACAUGCCGCGGCUGAAAAGCCGGCAGUCACGCCAAGCACAGAGGACACUGCGACAGAGGCAUCCUGCUCAGACAAGGACAAGGAGGAUAAGGAGGACAAAGAGGACGGAGAGGACAAGGAGGUGGACAAGACUCUUGCCACAGUGACCACAGAGACUGACAAGUCGAUCACGGCAUCUCCGAGCACGGAGGCCGAGGGCUUGGUAGAGAGCGCCAUGUCUAGCGAGGGCGAGAGCUCCCAGGUCCGUCGGCGCUCGCGCUCCGAGGGCAUGAUCAAGAUUGAAUUUGAGCUGGAAGAGGUGUCUGCAGUGAAUGCUGCCUCACCCAGCAGUGCCUCCGGCUGGCAGAUGCAGCCCUCUGUCGGCACCUGGCUCCGUUCUGCAGACGCUGGGCGCCAGGGCUCCCCGGUGGGGCAGCUCUGGCCAGCCACGCCGGAGUCCACGCCGCCUGCUUCACCCCGCUAUCACGGGAUAGAGCAGGUGGUGUGGAUGCCGAUCCCGACGCGGCUGGUCGCAGAGGUCCAGCAGCUCAUCAAUUGCAGGAUGUUGCAGUCGAGCUCCAGCAAUUCUUGA